AUGUUAAAAUACAUAGGAGCAGGUUUCACCUUAUUUGCAGUUCCUACAAGUUAUUAUGGCUAUUAACGCAGACAGAAGUUUCUCUAAGACCCAAUAAUGUAGAGAGCACUUUUGAAUUUAUAAAAGGACAAGCGUGUGAUUGAUUUUUGUGGUGAAAAUAUCAAGCCAGGCUGGAUUAUUUCUAAGAAAGAACAACCUAAUGAUAACUGGGUCAAGUUCGAUUUAACUGUCAAAGGACUUUCAGGCAAGCUUAAGACUACAGUUAUCGGAGAUUACCUCAAGCAUAAUGAACUCUAAUUGCUAGAAUCAGAAAGAGUUUAAUACUAUUAGGAUAAAUAACAAGAUGAGGCAAAGAUGAAUGAAAAAUUAGUUGAAUUAGAGGCAAAAGUGAAAGCAAGUAAAGGCAAAAUAACUUCAGAGGAGAGUGCAGCUGAGGAGAAACAGAUCUUAGAGUAAUUUAAAGCCAAAUAGUAGGAAUAUAUUCCAGUUGAUUUCGAUGCUUACUCAAUCCUUGAUAAACCCACUUUGGACAACCUACCCAAGAUUAAACUUUAAGACAGCAUUAAAGAGGAAGAGAAGAUAUGGAGGAUCAGCUCGCUUACUACUUAUGUGGAUGAUGAGACUAAGAUAUUGAUCCUACCAUUGCCUGAGUCAAAAAGAUCAGUUAAGAUUCAGGAUACUAAGUAUGACUUUAAGAUUUAUGAGGACUUAAUUAAAAAACACCUAGCUAAGGAGGAGGAGCUCUAGGUAAAUGAGAAGGUAGUGAGAUUUGAAGAUAAGACCCAAGAGGAAAUAUAGAAUGACAUCAAGAAGAAGAGGCGUACAUAGAUCCAAAUGAUGAAUAAGAUUCGAACCUAUCAAUUCUUUAUUAUGGCAGCAGUUGGUUUCCUAUAUAUCUUUGUCUAUAGGAGAUUUUUAGCUGGCAAGUCAGUGAUGAACAGUGUCAUCUAUCAUUAAACAGUGAAUUAUGUGAAGGCAAGCUCGAAAAUUUAGAAUGUUUUGGGAUAAUAACUUCAAGUCAUGAACUGCAAUGGCAAAAUAUGGCCUAUGAAAAGCAAUGUGGACUUUGAUUUAAUAGUAUUUGGAAGCCAGCAAAAAGGAAAAAUCAGAGUGCAAACUGACUAUGAUAAAAGUAAUUAGAAAUGGAAGAUUAACUAGAUUGAUCUUAUCACCAGACAAGGCACCACAUAAAUUGUUUGA